GGGAGAUUAGGGUGUUAUUAAUGGCGAUAAAAUUAUUUAUGAUGGAUAAGUUUGGAUAUUAUUUAAUUCAAUUCUGUCAUCUAGUUUAUAUUGAACAUUCAACCACGAUAAGAAACAACAAUUAUAAGGAGUUCAAAGAAACUUGAUUUCUUAGUCAGUUCACCUUUUUUAUUAUGGGUUUAUUUAAUUGUUUUAGUUCUCGACCAAAGUUUCUACUUUUUGUUUCAUUAGCUCUUAUUUUCUCAAGUUUUGUUACAUUUUUUCUUGUGCCAAUUGUGAUUAAAUCAUCUAUUGUCAAGAGUCUUCCAUUAAUCAACAGUUCAUCUUCACGUACAUUCGACAAAUGGGAAUCAGUUCCAAUAUCAAUUAUUACCAAAUUUUAUCUGUUCAACAUUACAAAUCCAGAGGAAGUUGAAAAACAUGGGCGACCACCAACAGUCCAAGAGCUGGGUCCAUACACAUUUUCCGAGUCUCGUAAAAAGAUCAACAUAUCUUGGUCGGAUGAUCUUAAUCUAGUUGAAUAUGGACAGCAACGGACCUGGCACUUUCUACCUCAUUUAACAAAUGGAUCACUCGAAGACAAUAUUUACCACCUUAACGUCCCUAUGGUGGCUGCUGGAUACUCAAUUAAAAGCUGGGGCGGAUCUAGAAUUGCCUAUUUUGGACUUAACCAAAUAAUCAAGGCAACGAAAAGUCGUUUAAUUCCUUCUCAUACUGUUGGACAAUUACUUUUUGAAGGCUAUGACGAUCCUUUAAUCACAUUUUCACGUACCAUUGGGAUGCCUGUGCCAUAUGAUAAAUUUGGUUGGUUUUAUGGCAGAAAUGGAACCGUUUCUGAUGGCACUUUUGGAGUUUACACUGGCCUUUCAAAUGUCAAUCAUCUUGAUGCAAUGUAUUCCUGGAAUAAUCAAACCAGUUUAAGCCUUUGGUGGGGUGACAAGUGUAAUUCAUUGUCUGGCAUUUCUGCCUCUGAUUUUCAACCACCUCUACAAGAAGGUCCAUUUUCAUCUAUUAAAAUAUUUGUCGGUGAUAUUUGCCGAUCCUUGGAGCUUCCAUAUGACAAAACUGUGAUAAAGCAUGGAGUUAAAGCUUACAGAUAUGCGGCCAGCUCAAAUUUAUUCAAUUAUACAGUUAAAAACAAUCGUUGCUAUUGUAACAACAAUGCUUGUCCUCCUGAUGGUGUAGCUGAUAUAUCACCAUGUCAACAUGGAUCACCUGCAGCAGCAUCUUUGCCCCAUUUUUUGUUUGGCGAUGCCUCGUUAUACGAACGAGUCCACGGUCUCCAUCCCGACUUGGAUAGACAUGAGUUUUUCAUGGACAUUGAACCAACACUUGGUAUUCCUACGAAAGUAAAAGUAGCAAUGCAAAUAAACGUCCUCCUGGAAAGAGAUGAUAAUCUUGAAUAUGCUAGGAGUUUACCUUUUGAAAGUUCCUACUUCCCUAUGAUUUGGUUCAGCGCGGGAGCUGAAUUGGAUGAAUCAAUGGCUAGUCAAGUGCGACUUUUGCAAUCUCUUGGAUUGAUUCUUAACGUUUCGGCAGCCAUCCAAGCAUCAAUUGCUAUAAUUGUUUUCAUGAUUACAAUAAUCUUUUAUCGAUCUCAAUUAUUUUCAACUGAAAAACAUCAUUUGGUGCCAACUGAAGACUCUGACGAUAGCUGAUCCUUUACUGAAUUUUCCAAUUUUAAUCAACACUUUCAUCUAUUCUUCUACAUAUGCUCACCUGUCUUUCAACUUCUACACUGAAAAGCAAAGCAAAUUAUUUUGUACACAAAAAUUUAUAGCUUCAGCUGCAAUCCAUUUUCAGCUCCAAUUGAAUGUCAUCAAUUACAGGACACUUAGCCUGUGAUAAUUAUAACUCUAUCGCAUGACUGCCAUAAUACUUAUACAUUUUCAACAGUUACCACCAAAUAUCAAAUUUUGUUAACUCUUCUUAGUUACUCAGCCAAAUGUUGAAUGUUAUCUAUUCAAAAAUAUCAUCAAAAUCACUAGUUUGCUAAUGAAUUUCUUGGUUCCCUAUUUUUUCAACUGCAAUCAAGGAAAAUUUUUCACUAUGGACUCACAUUGGCCCAGGACACAUAAAAAUCAAUUAUAAUUUCAACUGUCAGUGCACUAACUAAGCUUGGUUUGAUAAAUUUACUGGCAACGGAAAUUUGAAAACACUGAAAAGACACUUGGAAUGGUUCCUUGCAAGAUGACCAGAUUGAUUGAAGGAUUGAUGAUUAGACAAUGAUGUCAAUCCUGAUUAAUCAGUAUUAUUUUAAUCCUUCUUUUUUAUUCUAUCAAAUAUAUUUAAUGAUAUUCAGAUUAUAUUACCUGGAUGAAACGGAAUCAAGACAAAACUCUUCAACUGUGAAUGCCUUAUAAAGCCUUGGAAUUCAAGUUUGUCCACCAAAAAUCUAUUUCAGACAUUGACAUUUAUUCAAGAUAACCAAUAAUCAAACGAAAUCCAUCCUUUUUAAUUACGUCCAUUUAACAAUUAUAAAUAUCUACUUAUUUCAAUCAACUAUUUUCACCAUAUAAACUUAAAUUGCGAAGCAGUACUUCACAAAUUGUAAAAUUAUCCUAAAUCUUGCUUUGCAUUUGUCCGAAUUUGCGUUUUACAAUUUUACAUCAAUUUGUAAACGUCUUUUUUACAUUAUAUAUUACCUUUGAUUUUAAUUUUUAAAGUCAAUUUCAAUAACAAUUUAAACUCACUUUAAUACUUGAAA